CGAGCUGGUAUAAGGAUAAAAGCUCAAUUGUCUAUGGAUUAAUGGGUGGCCUGUGAGAGAGACCUUCGCAUUCUUCCCGUCUACUUCUUUCUUCCGUUAUCAUAUGUCGAAUCCGCAUCCGGACUCACCAGGUCGUCCCGGGCUACGGAAGAGAUUACUCAACAGAAUCUCCACGGCCAAAGAUGGAAGACCCUUUUCCCUGCGCAGAGCCUUUCGCUCAUCUCUAUCGAGACGGGAUGUACGCCAAACCCCAACCUUGUGUGCCGACAGCCACGUCCAGAACGUCCAGAACGUUCAAAAUGUCCAGCAAGAUCAGGACAUGCAGCAUCGGACAGGAUUAAAUGCCAUCACCGAGUCCUUGGGUCUCUCGCAACAGUUCUCCGCAUCUAAACAGGACCCCGUCGAAUGGCACUCCCGCUACCGCAGCUGCGCUCGACAUUUCCUGGACCACGGCCAGCACAGCAUGUUUGUGCAGUCGUUAGCAGCCUUUCUCAACAUCUAUCUGCCCUGCCAGAGACCGACGGACCCCAUCUGCGGCUCUUCUGAUCAACAUCCCAGUAACUACGGCUCCGAUUAUGGUUCGACGGCUCCCGGCCGUUCGCCAUUCUUUUCCUUGAUUCCAUACAUCCGCCGCCUCAUCGUCACCGGAACAGACUCCCCGUCAGUGCUAUAUGAGUUCUUUGGCGGUGACUGGCUCGCGGGGGUCGGACCCAUCCAUCGCCAGGAACGCAUCAACUACCUGUUCACGGCCAAGAGCAGCGGUUGGGCUGCUACGAAGCGAGAGUACGACAUCCUACCCGACCAGCAAGUACCAUUCUUACGGCCCAUCCGUGAUCCCCUGGAAGAAGAGAUAAGCGCUGCUGAGGCCCGAUGGAGCGAAUGGUUGGCGAUGGAAGACUGGAUGGUGGGGCCCAGGAGUCCCUUCUGAACCCUUUUCUACUUAGUAAUUGUCGGGGACAUUUUUUCAAAAAAACGGGUAAAAAGAGGCAGGCAGGCAACUGCGUCAGUGGAAUAUUGGGAUGGAGUUCUCUGGAGUAUGGAGUUUGUGUGGAGCCGAGGCCAACCCCCUCUGGCGGCGCUUGUCUCUGUUAGCUGUUUCCUCCUUCCCCUCCGGGUGUUAACGUCUUUUAAUAAUGUCUAACGUAUUGUUAUCUCUCUGAAUCGAUU